AGUUACAAUCGCCAUUCUAGGAAUGGAUCAAUGAAAAUUCCUAGUCGAUUUUCCCUCCAAGCAACCUUUUUCGUAAGAGCUCGUUUGCCAUUUGAAAAUAUUGCACAAUCUCUCUUUCAAAAUUUCAUCAAUUUUCCUAAAACCUUCCAAACAUUACCCAGAUUUGACGAACAUCAUCUAACUAAAUCACCCGAAAGCAGUGAUCUUUUUUCUAAUUUUGUCCCUUUUCUGGAACAUUUGUCAUAUUGCUGUAAAACCAAGUUCCUUGAUCCUGGUUUACAAGUACAUGCUCAAUUAACCAAAUCUGGGUUGUUAAUUGAUGCUAAACUUCGAAAUCAUUUAAUCAAUCUAUAUUCAAAAUGUCGAGUUUUUAAGUAUGCCCGGAAACUGCUCGAUGAAAGUCCUGAACCAGAUUUGGUAUCUUGGUCAGCUAUUAUAUCCGGGUAUGUCCAAAAUGGGUUUCCAAAGGAAGCCCUUUUGGCUUUUCAAGAAAUGCAGUAUUUGGGUAUUAUUUGCAAUGAAUUUGCAUUGUCUAGUGUGCUUAAAGCUUGUGCUAUUAAAGAGGAUUUGAGUUGUGGAAAACAAAUUCAUAAGUUGGUGUUAGUUACUGGGUUUGUUUAUGAUGUAUUUGUAGCGAAUACAUUAGUUUUUGUUUAUGCUAAAUGUAGAGAGUUUGAGGCUUCUAGGAGGUUAUUUGAUGAAAUUCCUCGAAGGAGUGUUGUUUCAUGGAAUGCUUUGUUUUCUUGUUAUGUACAAGAUAAAUUUUUUGAAGAGGCGGUUUGUUUGUUUGAUGAAAUGGUAUCGACUAAUGUCAAACCCAAUGAGUUUAGUCUCUCGAGUAUGCUGAAUGCCUGUGCAGGAAAAGGGGAUUGCAAUUUGGGAAGAAAAAUCCAUGGGUACUUAAUAAAGCUUGGUCAUGAGGCUGAUCAGUUCUCAGCGAGUGCACUUGUUGAUAUGUAUGCAAAAAUCAGAGAAAUGAAGGAUGCUCUUCUUGCAUUUAAUAAUAUACUGGAACCGAAUAUUGUUUCUUGGAAUGCCAUUAUCGCUGGUUGUGUGCUUCAUGAUGAACAUGAUUUAGCCUUUGAGUUGUUCAGUCGGAUGAACAAGUUCGGUGUACGUCCAAAUUUGUUCACAUUAUCGAGUGCUCUAAAAGUGUGUGCUGGAUUAGGGCUGAAAGAUCUUGGUAUACAGCUCCAUUCCACUUUGAUUAAGAUGGAUACAAAUGCAGAUUUAUUUAUAGGAGUUGGUCUGCUUGAUAUGUAUUCCAAAUGUGGUUUAAUGGAGGAUGCGAAGACUGUCUUCAAGUCAAUUGCUAAGAAAGACUUGAUCGCAUGGAAUGCUAUGAUCUCGGGCUACUCAUCAAAUGGAGAUGAUAAAGAAGCCUUAAGAAUUUUCACUGAAAUGCUUAAACAGGAAGUACGUUUUAACAAGACUAGCUUAUCUGCUGUCCUCAAAUCCAUUACUAACUUGCAGGAUAUUGAAGCUUGUCGGCAAAUGCAUGCAAUUUCAGUAAAAUCAGGUCUUCAAUCUGACGUUUUUGUUGCAAAUAGUCUUAUUGAUUCAUACAGAAAAUUUGGAAACAUAAAAGAUGCUGCAAAAGUUUUUCAAGAAUCCAGGAUCAGAGAUUUGGCAUCUUUUACUUCGAUGAUUACCGCUUAUUCUCUGUAUGGACAAGGUGAGGAAGCUCUGAAGCUUUUCAAGGAUAUGCAAGGUAUGAGGUUAUGGCCAGAUCCGUUUGUAUGUAGUGCUGUCCUUAAUGCUUGCGCUAAUUUAUCUGCGUAUGAACAAGGAAAACAAAUACAUGUCCAUGUAUUGAAACUCGGGUACAUGCCUGAUACCUUUGCUGGGAAUUCUCUUGUUAAUAUGUAUGCAAAGUGUGGAUGUGUUGAAGAUGCAUCCCUUUCUUUCUCAAAGCUGAGUGAGAAAGGUAUAGUAUCCUGGUCUGCGAUGAUUGGAGGACUCGCUCAACAUGGGCAUGGAAAAGAAGCCCUCCGAUUAUUUAGUCAGAUGAUUAAUAAUGGUAUCACCCCAAAUCAUGUCACUUUAGUAAGUGUCCUAUAUGCAUGUAGUCAUGCAGGUUUAGUUGAAGAAGCUAAAGAAUACUUCCAAUCAAUGGAUGUUUUAUAUGGCGUAAAACCUACUCAAGAACAUUAUGCUUGUAUGGUUGAUAUCCUUAGUCGAGGUGGGAGAUUAGAUGAAGCAUUAGAGAUUGUAAAUACAAUGCCAUAUGAAGCAAAUGGAGCUGUGUGGGGUGCGCUUCUUGGUGCUGCAAAAAUCCACAAGAACGUGGAGCUAGGACAACGUGCAGCGGAGAAGCUUUUCACCCUUGAGCCCGAGAAAUCUGGAACGCACAUUCUACUGGCGAACCUGUAUGCAUCAGCUGGAAUGUGGGAAAAGGUUUCAGAAAUGAGGAAAAUGAUGAGGGAAAAUAGGGUAAAGAAAGAACCCGGAAUGAGUUGGGUCGAGGUGAAGGACAAGGUUCACACAUUUAUCGUUGGAGAUAAAAACCAUCCAAGAAGUAUCGAAAUAUAUUCAAAGUUGAAUGAGAUUAAAGAUCGAAUAAUAAAGGAAGGGUAUGUUCCCGUGCUAGAGACUGAUCUCCACGAUGUUGAACGUAGUGAAAAGGAGUUGCUUCUUCUCCAUCAUAGCGAAAAACUUGCAGUCGCAUUUGCCCUUAUAGCGACACCUCCGGGUGCUCCCAUUAGAAUUAAGAAGAAUCUUCGGAUUUGCGUGGAUUGUCAUACAGCUUUCAAGUUCGUCUGUAAGGUUGUCUCUAGAGAGAUUAUUGUGAGAGAUGUGAACAGGUAUCAUCAUUUCAAAAAUGGUUCGUGCUCUUGUGGUGAUUACUGGUAAUAUGUUGAAUCUAUCACAAAAUAUAAUUUGGAGUAUUGAUUUAGAAAGGCUAUUCUUUUUCUUUAUUCAGGAACAGAAAGCAUUUUUGGGUGUUGCUCUACAAAAAUAUAGAAAAUUCAAUGUUUUGCACCCAACUCUUGAUAUUUAAAGGCAUUGAUAGGUUUAACUUGGUGAUAAUACCAAAAAUGAUUCAUUUUACUACUUGUAAGUUAUAUAUAUAUAUAUAUAUAUAUAUAUAUAUAUAUAUAUAUAUAUAUAUAUAUAUAUAUAUAUA